AUGGCGGCCAUUAGUAUCUUCUUCCGCCUCCUCCUACUGAUCUCCUUCGUGCCAGCACUUGUCCCGCAGGACACUAUCUUCGACGUCGAGCUAGUCCACCGCGACUCCCCGAAGUCGCCACUGUUCAACAGCUCGAUGACACCCUUCGAUCGCCUGCAGGCUGCCGUCGUCCGCUCGGUCAACCGAGCUAGCUACUUGGACAACCGCAUCGACAUGAAGACCUCCAUCAACAUAGAGCUCGGCUUGCGUUAUGAUGACGGGGAAUUCUUGAUGCGGUUCAGGAUGGGCACGCCAAACUCGCAAUCUAUGUGGGGGGCAUCGUUGACACUGAUAUGCCAGUACCAUGCCACCUACGGUGACGGCUCCAACAUUGACGGAAUUUUCUCCUCGGAAACCUUUAGUUUCACCUCGUUAGGUACAAACCAAAAUACCUUCAUUCCAAAUAUGGUAUUCGGUUGCAACUUCCGGUCCUUGCACAUCCAAAUUGACGACCCCGGCAGCUUCAUUGGGUUGGGCCCCAGGUCGCCGUCUCUGAUCCAUUAG